AUGGCGCUAGAUUGGGCCAAAGCGUUGCGCCAGGCGGCCAAGAUCCGCUCAUCCGCGCAUCACCAGUGGAGCCCCGACUGCGCGGCGGCGGAAAGCAGCGGGCUUUCUGCCGGCGGCGGGCUUCCCGCCAACUCUCUCCCCGCGUGCCCCGCGCCGUGGGCGCUCUCUCCCGCCACCCCCUCGUCGUCCACGUCGGAGGGAGACAGCGCCGUAACGGUUGCCAACGGAUGCAAGCCUUUCGCUGCGGCGAAAAAGCUCUCCGUCUCGCUUUCUGCGCAACCAUCCGCGCAGCUCUCCGCGCAGGCCCCCUCCCCCGCCCGCCGCGCAAGCUCACGCCGCGGCAGACAUGCAGCACCGAUGCAAGUUCCGCCACUAGCCAGUCCUUCGACGGGUAGUUGCUCCUAUAGCGGGCGUGGGGGGGCGGCGGCGGAAGCCGCGAGUCCGCGGAGCGCUUCGUGGGUGGGCGCGGCGGUCGAGACCCCGCGGGGAGCCAGCGGAGCGCCGCCGUCCUUCACGGCGGUGUCGCCUUUGCUUCUUCCGCCGAAUGCCGCGAAUGGCGCAGCGGAUGUCCCCGCCGUCCACCUCUCCUCUUCGCGCAAAGCAGCUCUCUCUCGGCGCGCCAAAAGACCCGCUUCCCCCCCUGCAGCUGCUGCCGCCGCGUCGCCAUCCGCGGCGGAGGUGGAGACGGCGCUCAAUGAUUGGUUGACGAAUGUUCUUGCGCCGGCUCUUGCGGCUGGUGGGGCGGCAAGCGGCAAUGCGGCUGCGGCUCGGUGCAGCCUGGUCGCCCCGCCUCCGCCAGUCGCACAGGCUGGCAAUGCGCCCGCGCAUGUGCCGGCGCAUGCGCCAGUGCACGCGCGCGCGCAGCCCUUGUCUCUUCCUGAGGCGCAUUCCGCGCGCGGAGGCAACGACUCGCCGGAAGACGCCUUCUGUCCGCUCGCCUUCCUGGCAGGCGACCUUGACGAGUGCGAUCAGGUGAAACCUCAGUUGAUUCCGCAAGACGUGGCGGAUGCGAAGGGGAAGCUGUCUGGAGAUGGGGGGAUGGAGGGCUGCGCGGGUUUGCUUCUCUCCGCCACCCAUGACUUGCGGGGCGCGGCCCAGACCGGAGGGGGGAAAUGCGCGGAGGAGGGGGAGUCCCUGGAGGAGCUAGCCGCACAGGAUAUUGACUGGCAGUCCCUGCUUGCACCCUGGGAGCCGGCUUCAGGUGGUUCUUCAGGUGCUCCGGAUUCGGAAGUCGCAGACCCAGUUGAAAACAGCAGUGGAGUUGCAGCGGUGGGAAAUAACGGGCCCAACGAUUGCCCCAGUGCGAACAGUCAAGUGGUUGCUACAGGAGACGGUGACCUGGCGCCCAUGUGGCAUGCUGACGUGGCGGAUCUGUGCAUGGGAGUGCCAGCAUGGAUUUCGCAUGAGUAUAUGGACGGUUUGCACCAGUGGGACUCCCACAGCUAUGAGGAGGAGCAUCUGCACUUGGCUAAGCGCCAACGCUUAGUCUAA